AUGUUAGGGUUGAGUGAAGUCGGUGCUGCACCUGAGGAGCGCCUAUCCGGACAGGUCCCACUUUUAGGAAGAGGCUCGGAUGAAGUCGGUGCUGCACCUGAGAAGCGUCGAUCCGGGCAGGUCCCACCUCAAGAAGCGCAAUUCCGGACAGAAAUGAGCAGCGGCACCUCUGUACCUCUCGAGGAACUCCCAGGAACGAGCAACGGCACACCUGCACUUGCCGAAGGACUCCCAGAAAAUGAAGCAAGCAGCGGUAAUCCUGCUUCUGCCAAGGGCGAAGUGAAACUACUGGGUGAUAUUCCAGUCGUAGCAGUGGUGGUCUUGCUCCCAAAGGAAAUUCCCAGUCUUCAGGCACUGAUCAAGCAGCAAUCGGGUGGACUCCAAUAUCUUAACAAGCACAAUACCAUGACAUUCUGA